GAAACUUAAAGAGAAAGAAUCUCCAGCAGGCAGCAGAAAGUUAGCACGAAAGUCUCUGGGGAAGUACUAACAAACGCAGCAGAGACGAACUGCAACCAAAUCCCGAGAAAAAGAUGCAGAAACGCACCAUUUACGCCUGGGCAGUAGCCCUCAUCUGCUUCGUGGUGCUCAUGAUCGUUACUCCCGCCAUCCCUCAAUCUCAAGAAUACCAUGAUUUCGCCGACCAGCGCCGAUUCCUCGGAAUCCCCAAUAUGCUCAAUGUGGUGUCGAAUUUCCCUUUCCUUGUUGUCGGGCUAAUCGGACUUGUUCUUUGCUAUCACGGGAACUACUUUAAGCUCAGUUUGCAAGGCGAGCUUUGUGGCUGGACAUGUUUCUUUGUUGGUGUGGGGGCUGUGGCUCUAGGCUCAGCGUACUACCAUCUCGACCCUAAUGAUGCUACCCUCGUGUGGGAUCGAUUACCUGUGAGUUUAACAAUUUUCUUCAGAAAUGGAAUUGUGAUGACUGUUGCGUUUACAUCAAUUAUUGCGAUUUUCAUCAUCGAAAGGGUUGAUGAACGGAAGGGAAUGUUCUCUCUCGUACCUCUAAUUUUGGUUGGGAUUAUAAGCAUUGCAUAUUGGAGUUUCUUCGAUGAUCUUCGCCCGUAUGCUCUGGUUCAGUUUGUUCCUUGCAUUGCUAUUCCACUAAUGGCUAUUCUGCUCCCUCCAAUGUACACUCACUCCACUUACUGGCUUUGGGCAGCAGCUUUUUAUCUUCUUGCUAAGGUAGAAGAAGCUGCAGACAAACCCAUAUACAGCUGGACGCAUCAAAUUGUCAGUGGGCACACCCUUAAGCACCUGUGCGCUGCCAUGGUUCCUGUUUUCUUGACCCUCAUGCUUGCGAAGAGAUCUAUCGAAACCGAGAGAAUAAGUCUGCUUAGCAUGUGGCGGAUUUCUUGGACCAAGUACAAGGAGAACGGCACAAAGGUGGAGACUUACAGUUGCACUUACACAAGCGUACCAGCUCAGGAACAAGCUUGACUGAGUUGCAAUCCAUUAAACUCCCAUGUGAUACCGAAUCCUAACUUCGUAUGCCUCUACUAUGUGAAUUGCCGGCUCAUAUGACCAUCAAACUGAUCAACCAAGAUACGCUAGUUGUUGUACAUGAACAGUAAUGAAUUGUUUGCCCAGUUGGGUGAACCUUAAAAUUGACGAGAAAGAUAUAUUGUCGAGAUAUGAUAUAACUAAAAUACCGCGAUAUUUUGGCAUUUUAUUCUUUUUCCCUCAAUAUAUUGUCCGAAAUGUGAAAAAGGGCCUGAAUAUAAGACCGAAAAUGCAGAAAAUUAUCCAAAAUGUAGGAAAAAUUAUACAUGCUAAAAUACAGAAGGUAUAUAUGGAAACUAAUCAAUAAAAAUGCUAGGAAAAUACAGAAAAAUUAGAAAACGAAUACAUUUCCUGGGGUAGAAAGAAAUGCACUGAGACCAGGAUUGCCAGCUGACUAUUUGAUGUCUAUUUGAUGUUUGGAGCAGGGACUUCCCAAACCUGUGGACUUCUCCAUUAAGCACCCUAAUCGAGCUCUGCAUAUCGAUACUAGUUAUAUGGAUUGAGUUCAAAACCAAAAAAUCAGCUUCACCAAUAAUCCCCACAAGAACAAGUGCCUUUCUCAAACUGAUGGAAUCGAUUCAAAUCUCUUACUACCAUAACCCGUUCGUAUAUCUUCGAUAUAAAUUUGAAAGCUGUGUGGCAGUCUCCACAUAUCCUGAGGUUCUUCGUUAUUCGAAGAACUACUCCCGGGUUUGUGUUGAGAAGACCAAAAGCUACAGCUAGCUUUUCGCUAUGGGUUGUAAGGUUACGCUCCUUCUCUUCUUCACUGACAUCAUGCAGCACCACAGUUGUAUCUGGUACAUACCCGGCUGCCUUCAUCCUUUCAGCCAAUGCCUCAAGAAACAAGUAUAUUUCCUUCGACUCGGUAUGGGACCUGUCCUCACCCAGGAACAGGUGAACUUUGCCAUUGACCUCAAUCCAACUGCAACCAGGAUUCUUUCGUAUUCCUCGGCCUUGAAUAGCAGCUCUCAAAUCAUCUACCUCGCCCCACAUGCCAGCUUCUGCGUACAUGUUCGACAGCAGGAUGUAAUUGCCACUAUUUUCAGGCUCUAACACAAAUAGCUUCCUAGCUGCUAUAUCUGCAGUAUCUAGAUUCUUAUGCAUCUUACUAGCAGCCAACAAUGCCCCCCAAAUGCUUGCCCCUGCUUCCAUAGGCAUUUCGUCGAUCAUCUUCUUUGCUUCCACGAAUCUCCCAGCACGACCCAAGAGAUCAACAAUGCACCCAUAAUGCUCAACUCUUGGUUCCACCGAGAAAACUGGUUUCAUAUUAUUGAAGUACUUCAAACCCAUUUCAACUAGACCUGAGUGGCUGCAUCCGCUCAGCAGGCCAGUAAAUGUGACUGUAUCGGGUCUAACCCCUGCUUCAAUCAUCUCCUCGAAAGUGGCCACAGCUUCCGUUCCACGCCCGUGGGAUGCAUAAGCAGUUACCAUAGUGUUCCAAGCAACUAAAUUUCUAUGAGUUGGGAGCAGUUGAUCGAAACAGCAGCGUGCAUCAACAAGGCUCCCACAUUUAGCAUACAUUGCAAUAAGCGCUGUGCAGACUGAUGGGUUCGAGUCCAUACCGAUACUAGCAGCAUAAUCAUGGAUUUUCCUGCCGCGUUCAAGAGCAGCAGAGUGUGCACAAGCGGGGAGCACACUCAUUAUUGUCACCCAAUUGGGCUUCACAUCAGAAUCAUACUUCAACAUCUCGUCGAACAGAGUUAAUGCUUGCUCAACGAGCCCAUUCUGGGUGUAUCCUGAUAUCAUAGCAGUCCAAGAAACGAUAUUACUGCAAGGAAUCCUCGCAAACAAAUCCUCAGCGACGCGAAUCUCUCCAUCUCUCAUGUAUCCAGCAAUCAGAGCAUUCCACGAGGAUACAUCUCUAACAUCCAUUAUAUCAAACAGCUUGCGUGCAUUCCCUAUUUCGCCACAUUUCACAUACAUGUCGAUCAAAGAAGUUCCAACGUAUGUAUCUAACUCCAACCCAAUCCUCAGACUCAAGCCAUGAACACAUUUGCCAAUCAAAAGAUUCAACAAAUCAGCACAAGACCUCAGUACAAAAGGAAACGUGAAGUUAUCCCCUUGAAAGCCUGACGAAUGCAUCCGAAGAUAAAGCUCUACACUUUUCUGGUGGCAGCCGUAUUUACUAUAAGCACGAAUCAUGGAAUUGUACAAAAUCAGAGAAGGGUUCUGAAUCCUACCGAACAAAACUC